AUAGGUGGAACAAUUGCAUCGAACCGGCACCGUUGCACAAGUCGUUUCCAAAGAUGGCCUCCAAGGGAAGGAUGGAAGACUACGGUCGUGCGGAUUCGUACCGGACGGCUACCACAGCCACCUUACCCGACGAUUGCCUCCGUGCCGAUGGUGUUGCCAAGUAUCGGCGAAAGGAUGCGGCGCCUAGCGCUGGCAAAAAGGCGCCCAAGAAGGGCAAAGACAUGAACGAGUUGAAGCAGGAACUGGACAUCGACGAUCACAAGAUCCCCAUCGAGGAGCUCUACCAACGACUGGGCACCAAUCCCGAGACGGGCUUGACUACAGCGCAAGCCAAGGCCAUCUUUGAACGCGACGGUCCCAAUGCCCUGACGCCGCCGAAGACGACGCCCGAAUGGGUGAAAUUCUGCAAGAACCUCUUUGGCGGCUUUUCCAUGCUGCUGUGGGUCGGUGCCAUCCUUUGCUUCGUCGCCUAUUCGAUCGAAGUCAGCACCGAAGAGGACGUCCUCGGUGACAACUUGUACUUGGGCAUCGUGUUGACGGCCGUGGUGGUCGUGACGGGUGUCUUCUCCUACUACCAGGAGAGCAAAAGCAACAAGAUUAUGGAGUCGUUCAAGAACAUGGUGCCGCAAUACGCCGUCGUGGUGCGCGAAGGCCUCAAGCAGACGAUGAAGGCCGAAGAGAUUUGCAUCGGCGACAUUGUCGAGGUGAAAUUCGGUGACCGCAUCCCGGCCGAUAUUCGCAUCAUCGAGGCGCGCAGCUUCAAAGUGGACAACUCGUCGCUGACGGGCGAAUCGGAACCGCAGAGCCGCAGCAGCGAGUACACCAAUGAAAAUCCGCUGGAGACUAAAAACUUGGCUUUCUUCUCCACCAACGCCGUUGAAGGUACCGCCCGCGCCAUCGUCAUUAGCAUCGGGGACAAUACGGUGAUGGGUCGCAUCGCCGGAUUGACUUCCGGCUUGAGCUCUGGCGAGACCCCCAUCGCUCGCGAGAUUGCCCAUUUCAUCCACCUGAUUACGGGCGUGGCCGUCUUCCUCGGCGUCACGUUUUUCGUCAUCGCCCUCAUUCUCGGCUACCAGUGGCUGGACGCCGUCAUCUUUUUGAUCGGCAUUAUCGUGGCCAACGUGCCCGAAGGUCUACUGGCCACCGUCACCGUCUGCCUGACGUUGACGGCCAAGCGCAUGGCCAGCAAGAAUUGCCUGGUCAAGAACUUGGAAGCCGUCGAGACGCUCGGCUCGACGUCCACCAUCUGCUCCGACAAGACUGGAACGCUGACGCAGAACCGCAUGACCGUCGCCCACAUGUGGUUCGACGGCCAAAUCAUCGAAGCCGACACUACCGAAGAUCAGUCUGGUGCCCAAUACGACAAGACUAGCAGCGGAUGGAAAGCCCUUUCCCGCGUUGCCGGACUGUGCAGCCGCGCUGAAUUCAAACCCGGUCAGGACAAUAUCCCGAUUUUGAAACGCGAAGUCAAUGGCGACGCCUCCGAAGCCGCUCUCCUCAAAUGCAUCGAGCUGGCCACCGGUGAGGCCAUGGCCAUCCGCGCGCGCAACAAGAAGGUCUGCGAAGUGCCGUUCAACUCGACCAACAAGUACCAGGUGUCCAUCCACGACAACGAGGACAAGAACGACGGCCGCUAUUUCCUGGCCAUGAAGGGAGCGCCCGAGCGUAUCCUCGACGUGUGUUCGACCAUCCUGCUGAACGGCGUCGAGAAACCGCUGGACAACGAGAUGAGGGACGCGUUCAACACGGCCUACAUGGAGCUGGGCGGUCUGGGCGAGCGAGUGCUCGGCUUUUGCGACACUUACCUACCGCUGGACAAGUUCCCCAAGGGAUACGCUUUCAACGCUGAUGACCCCAACUUUCCGCUGACUGGACUCCGCUUCGUCGGACUCAUUUCCAUGAUCGAUCCGCCCCGCGCUGCCGUGCCCGACGCUGUUGCCAAGUGUCGCUCGGCCGGCAUUAAAGUUAUCAUGGUGACGGGUGAUCACCCCAUCACUGCUAAAGCCAUCGCCAAAUCCGUCGGUAUUAUCUCUGAGGGCAAUGAAACUGUCGAGGACAUGGCCCAGCGACUCAACAUCCCCGUCGAAGAGGUUGACAAACGUCUAGCCAAGGCUGCCGUCGUUCACGGUGGCGAGUUGCGUGACAUGGACAGCGACGACUUGGACGACGUCCUACGCAACCACACCGAGAUCGUCUUUGCUCGCACGUCCCCCCAGCAGAAGCUCAUCAUCGUAGAGGGUUGCCAACGACUAGGAGCCAUCGUGGCCGUCACGGGCGACGGUGUCAACGACUCGCCCGCUCUGAAGAAAGCCGAUAUCGGUGUCGCCAUGGGUAUCGCCGGCUCGGACGUCUCGAAACAGGCCGCCGACAUGAUCUUGUUGGACGACAACUUUGCCUCUAUCGUUACCGGCGUCGAAGAGGGUCGAUUGAUUUUUGACAAUUUGAAGAAAUCCAUCGCCUACACGCUGACGUCCAACAUCCCCGAGAUCUCGCCCUUUUUGCUCUUCAUCUGCUGCGACAUCCCCCUGCCGCUCGGCACCGUCACCAUCUUGUGUAUCGAUUUGGGUACCGACAUGGUGCCUGCCAUCUCUCUGGCCUACGAGGCUGCCGAGUCCGAUAUCAUGAAGCGCCAGCCACGCAAUCCUUUCACCGAUAAGCUCGUCAAUUACAGGUUGAUUUCCAUGGCUUACGGCCAAGUCGGUAUGAUCCAAGCAUCGGCUGGCUUCUUUGUCUACUUUGUCAUCAUGGCCGAAAAUGGAUUCCGGCCCGACUUGCUGUUUGGCAUCCGCAAGAACUGGGACUCGCGCGCCGUCAAUGAUCUCCAAGACUCUUACGGCCAAGAAUGGACUUACGACGCUCGUAAACAGCUGGAGUAUACCUGCCACACGGCCUUUUUCGUAUCGAUCGUCGUAGUGCAAUGGGCCGAUUUGAUUAUUUGCAAGACCAGACGCAACUCGAUCCUGCACCAGGGCAUGCGCAAUCACGUCCUCAACUUUGGUCUUCUCUUCGAGACAGCUAUGGCAGCCUUCCUUUCGUACACUCCCGGCAUGGACAAGGGUCUCCGCAUGUACCCUUUGAAGAUCAAUUGGUGGCUGCCGGCCAUUCCUUUCUCGAUAUUGAUCUUCGUCUACGACGAGUGCCGUAAAUUCAUCUUGCGUCGCAAUCCGGGCGGAUGGGUCGAAAGAGAGACGUACUAUUAAAAAAGAGAAAGAAAAAUAGCAAACAAAAAGAAGAAGAAGGCGAAACAAAAAUGACAUACAAGAAAGAGCAGCAACAUUCGACCAUCAUUAGGAGCAAGAUGAAUCAGAAGAAUCGGAGAACUUACUGCGUUGCGACCUGCCAAUUCAUUUCAUUUAGCAAAAAUUGAAGGAUCCCUCCACCUACCCCCCUACCCCCCUGUUUGAAUCUCUAACGAAGGUUUUUUUCUUCUUUUUUCUUCCAGAAACAAAUCAAGGGCUAAAAUCGCUAUGACACAUUUUUCACACACACUCACCACACAUUCACAUUCGUGCGGUGGAAGCUUUAAAACAAAAACAAAAGUUAAUUUAACAAUACGUAGUAUUUUUUUUUUUUUUUAUUGACACAGUCGUCUUUGACGAUCGCUCGGGACUCAUCACAGUGCAAUUUCGGGACUGGUCCUACACGAUGGUCAUUUUUGUUUUUGCUUUCUCUUCCUGACCCCACCCCGAAUCUCUUGAAAUCCUUUUUGCAGGUAGAUAAAGAAGAAGAAGAAGAAAGCAAACGAAAGGGGGGACAAACAAACAAAUAAGGAAAAAAUAAUCAUGACGCCAAUCUUUUGAGUGUGUACAGAGGGACGUACUUGCGUUGUUGGUUGUUGUUUUUAUUAACGAUCAUGUUUUUGUUGUGUGUAUGUUUUCUAUGGCUUUUCGAUUUUCCUUUCUGUCCUUAUCGAGGGAAGAAAACCCCCAAAAAUUUCGAAUCUCCCUCUGUCCACUGAAAACCAUCUUUGAAAAAAACAAAAAAAAACAAAAAACAAAAAAAAAGUACCCGAUGACCUCAACGUCUCACCGAAUCUCGGUCGUUUCUCUCCAUUCUUUUUUUUUGACGAACACAUUUCAAAUGGCCGAUAUGUUUCCCCGAUGAAGCUUUUUUGUCUCUCUCAAUUUUGGCUUUUCCAUGCAAAAUUCUGUCACUCUCUGGCGCCCCCCCUACCGACCCUUUUCGUCUUAGUCUAUUAUCCAAUAAGAGCCCCUCCCCCAAUUUUCACAGCGUUCUUAUCUGGCAUAGUGGGGAUGUGAGUGGGAGGGAGGAUGUAGGAGGUUUAAAAAAAAAAAAAACGCAAAUUUCGGACUUUUUACGUCACGAUCGAUGUGACGAGGGCGAGACGCAAAGAGCAACAACCAACAAAAAGAAAAAGUAGAAGAACAAAGAAAUGUGAAGUAUUUACAAAGAAGCAAAAGAGAGAAAAAAAAAAUCCCGUAGUACAAGUAGCGAUAAAAAAAAAUUUUAAAGGCCGUCUGUUGUCUCGGAGGCAUUUAUUACGCAAAAAAAAGUAAGAAAAAAAAAAUAAGUUUUUUGAUGUAUAUCAGUGGAUUGAAUCUACCGUUGUUGAAUUUUUUUUUUUUUUUCACACACACACACACUCACACCCGCCCCAUUUCUAUUAUUACUAUCUUUUUUUAAUGAUUGAUUUACUUCCGAGGAAUUCGUCGAUCAGGACGUUUCCACCAAUCCCUACGUUUGUUCUAUUUCGAUUUUUCUCCCGAUUAAUUUUUUUUCUUCUCCUCAUUUUAUGCAAUUAAUUUCUCAAUUCGUCCAGCAAUUUUACACUCUUUUUUUUUUUGGUUUUGUAAUUUUACAAUCCUCCAUUCAACAAACACAUCUUUCUCCUCAUUUACCUUCUUAUCUUUCUCUCUUAUUUUGCGGAAACGUCAUGUAGUUAUAGACACGGAACGAAAAUAAUAAGAGAGAAAAUGGCCGAAACUGUCGUCGUACAGCCAUAAAACAAAAAACAAAAAAAAAAAAUCAAACAAA